GUGAAUCUUAACAUUCCGUGAUAAUGGGAAAGAUUUCAUUAGAAUUGAUCGCGAAAUCCCACAGCCAUACAAAGAAAAGAAGAGAUGAAACUGUACAGCAGUACGUACGGCGAUUAACUCAUCUUUAUUUUUCAGAGAAGAACAUUGAUGAGAUCGUAAGUAAAAUAUACUUUUGACUCUUUACCAUAUCGAUGAUUGUUUUGCAGGUUUUUGGGUAAAGUUUUUAUUGAUUAUAACGUGCUGUAUUUGCUUAUAUUUGUUUCAUACUAUCAUAAGCUUCCACAAGGUUUAUCUAAAUGAAGCUUUCCAAUCCACUUUUGGCAAAACAGUUUUGAAAAUCAUAUGGUUUUCGUUGAUCAGUAAUUUCAGACGCCUAAUGAUGGUCUUGUUUUCUUUCAUUUGCUGCAGGAUAAUCUCCAUCACUGCCGCAAUCUAUCGGUCCUCUACCUUUAUGACAAUAACAUUUCAAAGAUCAAGAAUCUUGGAUUUGCAAGCAACUUGACUCACCUAUAUCUUCAAAAAAAUCAAAUAACAAAGAUAGAGGGACUAGACAAUCUUAAAAGAUUAACAAAGCUGUAAGUAAUUCCUCUUUAUGAGUUAUUACUGUUGAGUCAGAGUGUCAACAGUAAUAGUUAUUACACGUGUAGUAAAGUCUGUAUUAAGUAAACAGCCGUAGUACCUUACCUUAAUAAACCUCCUGGCCCCAGUAGUUCAAAAAUGUCGAUAAGGCUUUCCACUGGAUAGUGAUUUAUCCAGUGUAUAGUGCUGUCCAGCUCUUGACCUGAGGCCAGUAAGUAAGCUUACUAAAAGUCUUUUCCAAAGUAUAAAGCCUGUUUCAGACCUUGUGCCACGGCUAUGCUGAACUGGCUUGACUUUGGCGGGGAGGGUUGCCCCGUUUAAAGCGUAACAGUUUCGGUUACCGAUAAUUUAUAUUUGGUCAUUUUAAAUGUCAGGAUAAAUAAAAGCCUCAGAACAGUGAGGCAGCGAUCAGGGCUUUAUAGCUGGGACUUGGGUUGUCCCCUGGCUAGUGUAGUAUAAGACACAAAAAGAAAAUAGACCCAAAAGAUAUAAUAACUAUUGCAUGUGCCUGGUAACUUGAAAUCUAUGUGACUGCCUGAGGAAUAUCCUGUAGAUUACUGUGGAUGAUGGCCUGUGUUAACUUAUGCAAGAGGUAGUAUUCCACUGUUAGAAGUAUUGUCUAAGUUAUUGACUUGUUGUCUUUCCAGAUACCUGGGUUCAAAUGCCAUCACAGUUGUGGAAGGAUUAGAAAGGUUAGAGAAUUUAAGAGAGCUUCACAUUGAGAAACAGACUUUACCCCCUGGAGAAAAGCUCCUCUUUGAGCCACGAUCACUUCAAGCUCUUGCUGUAAGUAUUUCACAAUGUUUGCUGAGACAGCAAUCAUAUAUCACUGACACAAUAAUCAUGAAUCAGUCUAGUCAAGGUUAACUGUGAACAGACUGAGCUGUUAAAACUAUUUGUUGAAAUUAAGUGUGUGGGUUGCCUCAAUAUUACUGGACAUUCAUGCUUGGAUGAAUAAUGAUGAUGAUUUUGGUGGUGAUGAUGAUGAUGAUAGGAUAACAGGAAUUUAAGAAUAACAAUAGACUAACAUAUGGUAUUUUUCUUGUUUUUACAGAAAAGCCUGUGUGUGUUGAACAUAUCAGAGAACAACAUUGAUUCAAUUGAAGAGUUAAAAUGCCUGACAAAUAUGACACAGUUCUUCACAGAAAAUAACUGUCUUUCAGAUAUGAAGGUAAAUGCAUGUUAUUUUCUUCAUCCUCUGGCUCAUACUUCAAUAAUUGGCCAACUUACUCAGAUCAUUUAAAAGGAUGGACCAAGUUUUAUGUCAUGAAUUAAUUCUGCUAAGGUCAGUGUAUUGCAAUUCUAUUGAUAAUAUUGUCAGUUAAAUUUUUUUUGUCUUUGACUUGAAGGAACUUUCAAGAGUGUUGGCUGCAUGGCCAUCAGUAUGGAGGUUAGAGAUGACUGGGAAUACUUUGUGUCACAAGAAAAAGUAUAGAGACAGAGUCAUAGUUAUGUCUCGAUCAUUAGGUAAGUGGUUUUUAGUGACAUUUGAUAAAAGAAUGAAAAACUUAAGAAAAAAAUCCUUAAUUUUUUUUUAAAUAUUGAAUAACAAAAAUUAUUACUGUAGUGCAAUGUGAAAAGACUACCAAAGUCUCUGAAAGUGGUUUUUUUUGGAAUUUUUACACCAAAGAUCUCUUUAGUAGAAACAAAUAUUGGAUGACUUUUCAUCGAUUCUAUCGUACUUAAUAGUUUUAAAGCUAUUCUUUUUAUUGCAGUUUAUGUGUCCUUAAUGUACAUUAUAAUGUUGUUGACUUCGUAGUAAUGCUGGAUGGCAAGGAAAUCAAUGAGACUGCAAAAAGGUUCUUAAUGAACUGGAAAGCCAGCAGAGAUGCCAGAAGACGUCAGAGAAGGCAACUCAACUUCCUUGAGGGAGGGACAUCUACAAACUUCAUCUCUGGUUCAUCUAAUGCCCUUACCAGUAUACCCUCUUUGCCACCAUUACCAGGCUCUCAAAACCCAGGAUUGAAUCCUGUAAUUUAUGAAGGAGUUGGACAAGGAGUUCUUCCCAGGGGCACAAAACCAUUGGCAGCUAUAGUACAAGCCAGAGCUCCAAACUCAACUCUACUUAAUAGAAAACCUGUGGAAGAUAUAUCACAAUCAAGGUAUGCUAUCUGCAGAAUUAGAACAGUAUGUAGUGUGGGUCAGCCGAUAAAAUUAAAUGCUUGCACUUCACUGUACCAGCCAUGCAGUACCACAGUUUGUUUUAUUUGUUUGUUUGUUUUUUAAUUUCUUUAUCUGAAUAUUCAUUCAACCUGUCUCAGUACCUUUUCUUGUAGUAGACUAUAUUGAUAGUUUUCAGUUUCAAAAACGCCCUAUUGAAUUUACAUGUAUCAAAAUGUUGUGCCAUUAAAUGGCACAACAUUUUGAUACAACUGUGACUUCCUGUGACUUCCUAAAUAAAAUUAAUAUUGGCAUAGGCUACUACAGUACUAGUUAGACAUCUAGAUCUUUCAUAAUCGUCUUACACAACUAAAUUUUUUUUGUCCUGUCCAUUUUUUUUAGGUUUCCCAACAUCUUUGCACCUCCUCGUCCAAUCAUAUCAGAGGGGAACUGGGAAUCAGACAGUGAUAUUCACAGUGGACCACCUGUGUCUCUCCAAACAUAG